AUGAGCAAACUGAAGCUGCAGGUCGAGAGAGCGAUGUCGAAUGGCAUUGGUGCAGCGAGUGCUGCUUCUUCUAGCACCGGUGAGGAGCGCCGUGUGCGACGGCCAGUCAGAAAAGGGCACACCAAGAAGAAGCAGAAAGAGUCGGCAGCCCAGCACAAACACAGUACCCCAGUCCUGCUUCGAUCGCUGGCUGCUAUGUGCAAGGGGCGUCCACGGCCUCCUUUCCAUGCUUUGUCGGAUGACGUCCAGCCGAAAGCAAUGCCAAGCAAGCCGUUCAAGGAGGUGAACAUUAGGCCACCAGUGAAAGCCAUGCCGUCAAUGCCACCAGCUACAUCCUUGGGCGCAGCAUCCUCCAAAGCUGCUCCGCCUGUGGGCCCACCAGCAAAGGCGAUGCCAAAGGUGAAAGAAAAAAAUGAAAUCAAAGAGGAAUUGUUAGAAGUCAAAAAUGAAAUCAAAGAGUCCGUAGAAUCUUCAGAGGAGGAUGAGGUGAUGGAGUGCGAGGAGUAG